GGAGCGCGGACUAAGCGCGGGAGCCGCGGGCAGAGGCCGGCCUGCGGCCGGGGAGGUUUCGGCGCGGUUCCCAUGGACAAUGGGAGGAUGGGUUACGAGGCAAGGCCCCGCGCGGCAAGCGGGGAGAGCUCCGGGCCUGGGGCGGGGGGCGGGUCAGUGACCGUUGGGUGCCUCAGGCAGCGUCCCACGUUGCGUUCGGGGCCCCCCGCGGGCGGCGUUCGGGGCCCCCGCGGGCGGCGUUCGGGGCCCCCGCGGGCGGCGUUCGGGGCCCCCGCGGGGGAGCGCUCUGGCCGCGGCCCGGGACCGAGCCGGGCGGCCCGGAGGCGGGGCCGGGGGAGGAGCCCCAGCCGCGGGCUCUGCGGCGUCAGCACUGAGCGCCGGGCCAGGAAGCCGAGCCUUUUCGGAGCCGUCGCCGCCGCCGCCGCCGCCGCCCGGAACCACGUGCGGAGCCCGCCCGCGCCGAACCCAGCGGGACCCAGGGCAGCCUCAGUAGAGAUCUUCAUCAUGAGUUUUGUCAAGUAUGAAGAGCUCAUUAAAGAAGGGGAUACUGCCAUCAUUUUCUUGGGCCAUGGCUCCAUGUUCCCAGUGCAAGUCCAGCAUGGGGCUCAGACCCAGACCAAGUAUGGUGUGAUCCGUCACUCAGCCCAUCUCAUUGGCCAACCCUAUGGAUCCCGGGUUACCUGCAGCAAGGGGGGCUGGGUUUAUGUGCUCCAUCCCACCCCUGAACUCUGGACCCUGAACCUGCCACACCGGACCCAGAUUCUCUACUCCACAGACAUCUCCAUCAUCACAAUGAUGCUGGAACUGAAGCCUGGCUCUAUUGUUUGUGAAUCAGGUACAGGGAGUGGCUCCCUAUCCCAUGCCAUUAUCCGGACAGUGGCUCCUACUGGGCAUCUGCACACAGUGGAGUUUCACCAGCAGCGAGCUCAAAAGGCAGAGGAGGAAUUCCGGGAGCACCGAGUAGACCGCUGGGUGACCGUGAGGAACCAGGAUGUGUGUAAGAAUGGCUUCGGUGUGUCCCAUGUGGCCGAUGCCGUCUUCCUUGACAUCCCCUCACCCUGGGAAGCCAUUGGCCAUGCCAAAGACGCCCUGAAGGUUGAAGGUGGUCGCCUCUGCUCUUUCUCACCUUGCAUCGAACAAGUCCAGCGGACCUGCCAAGCCCUGGCUGAGCAUGGGUUCAUCGAAGUCACCACCCUAGAAAUCCUGCUGCGAGAGUACAACGUUCGGACAGCUAACUUGCCUUUGCCAGAUCUGGGUGGGGCACUGGACCCCUUGCCUGUCCUAGGCGAGGCUCAGUUUAAGAUUGGGGUGCCCUUGAAGGAGACUGUGGGUCACACUGGCUACCUGACCUUUGCCAGCAAGAGUUUGUUUUGAUGCUGCUGUUCCGGAGAGGGGAGGAGGCUGGGAGGUGGAAUGAAAGGAGGCUAUGAUAUGUGAAGUCUCCCAGUUUUCUUCGCUUGGUCAGAGAAUGCCUUAUAUAGUCAGGCCUCUCAGGCCUGGGCUUUUGUGGAAACACCACUCAGGCAGGCACUCAGCAGUCUGCACCCCGGGUUUUGGAAAUGGAGCAAGGAAUCUGGCCAAGUCCUAUCUAGGGUGUUUACUUUGCAUCUUUUCACCCACCCCCACCCUCUUUCUUGAACUCCUCCAACAUUCCCCCUCACCCUUCCCCCCUCCGCCCCCACUUCCCCUCCACAACUCUGUGGCCUGGAUUGAAUUUAUUUAGAUUUAGGAGAUGUUUUCCACCACCAUCCCCCUCAUCCCACUCCAGGCUUAUUUCCUUGCGUUUUUAUUUUUUCUUCUAAAAGAUAAAAAAUUGUCCCUGCCACCAGCCUGUCUUCCACAUCCCUCUGUGGGUGCUUUGUCCAGCAGGGAACAAGCAAGCUUUGAGCUUUAGCCAGAAAAGAACAAAAUUUAAAGCCAGGAACUAAGUUCAGUUCUUAUUCCAUUAUUCCAUCACCUAUACAGCCUUGUCAAGUGACUUCCUCUCUCUAGACCUCAGUUCCUUUAUCUAUAAAAGGAAGUGAUAGAACUGGAACUCUAAGACCACUUCUAACCUUAAAUUCUGUUAUCCUAAAAGCUCCUGAAUGACUGGUAAGGUUAGGGGCAGCUCCUACUAAGCUAAUGCCAUUUGUGGGGGUAAGAGGAGGAGUACAAUACCUCUUCCCCACCCCCAUCCAUACCCCAAGCUUGGCUUUGGGGACUGGAUUCCAGCUGUUCUCAGGAGCAAAUGCUCUCCUCUUCUGCUAUUUUUCUAAGUCCCUAGAGAUGGAAGGGCCUCUCUUACCCUUGCCCUGGAAUGUUAACAGCUGUAAGAUGGAAGAUAUACCAUCCUAAGCCUGUGGAUAACCCCUUUGUAAUAAUAGAGAACUUAGUACAUUCUUUUAAAGGCUCACCCUUCCCAUGUUUCUUUACCCAGAUAGUCUUUGGCCUGGUGUGCACAUCAGCUGUCUUUUUUUCCUGGGUUGCCCUUGGAGUGCUGGAUCACAUUUCCAUCUUCUGAAAUGGGUCUCCCACAUCUCCUAGAGGAGCAAAGAAGGAGGCCACCUCUCUAGCAUCAUUUGUCAGAAUUUUGCUUGGAAGCAGUGCUCAAACCUGAUAUUAGGGGGAAAAAUUCUAAUAAUCAGGACCCAAAGAAUGUUUCUGGAGGUAACGAGCUGUCUGUCACCUUUGGAAUAUUUGGGGAUGUUGCAGAUGGGAAUCCUACUCAAGCAAGGGUUGGACUACUUGUCCUCUGAGUAUCCCCUACCUCUGAGAUUCUCUGAUAUUUAAAACAGACCUAUUUCGCCCUUAGAGAUUCAUGGGAUCCUGGAUCUCAAGCAGCUAUCCAGUACCUGAACAGUAUGUCUUGUAUUAUAUCUAGUCUCUGUUUUGAAAAACUCCAUUGACAGGCCACCUGAGGCAGCCCAGUCAAUUUUGGGGUAGCUCUGAUUUCUGUCACUAAUUUAAUGCUUUGGAAUUGAUGUGGCACUUUACUUAAUACGAUCCUGUGAAAUAUCUCCAUUUUAAAAAUGGAAACUUGACCCUUCAAGUGAAUAAGAAAUUUUUUUCUUAAGAUGAAAUCUGCAUUAUGAGACCAAAGCGAACAUGUUUUAAUCCACUCCCCUGCCGUAGCCCCUUCCAAUAGUUGAAGGCAACGAUUCCCUGGAUUCCCACCUGAGGCUUUUCUUCUCUGGGAUAAGCACCUUCAAGGUCUCCAGCAAGUCCUCAUGGGACUCAUGUCCGUGAUACCUGAAGGUGUGGGAGUGCAGAAAUGGUUUGUAGUUCUAAGAGCUGAGACUCCUUACUCCAAUACCGGCCAAAGGACCUCAAUGGGUCCCGGUUUGUGGCUAUUCUGGGGAAAUGAACACGUAGAUACUCCAAAUUUGUCUUAGUUUAAAAGGAAAUUCCAUCUGUUCCUACCAGCAAAAGAAAGGCAGAAAACACUUAUGGGUGUCCAUUAUGGGAGAUACAAGAGCCUUGGCUCCAGUGUUAGCCUUUUGGAAGGAGAGAAAAGAUAUUGGAAAUGGGUUCUCUGAUUCCCCUGCCUGUCUGUCAGACUUGGGGGUAUCGGCCACAUGCAGGUACUUGUGUGCAGAGGUGGGUACCCGUCAGCGCAUACGUACGUAUCUGGGUGCAUAAUUGGCAGCUGUGUCCUAAACACAAUGACUUUGGAGUCAAAUUGGACUCGAUUAUUGACUCGGACACUUGAGUGACUGCGCAACCUGCGACAAUUCUUCUGCUAAAAGGGACUAAUAAUAACAACCCUCCCUCACAGAGUGGGGUAUGAAUUUGUUUGGUAAACCUUGUCAACACGAGCCUUCCCUGCAGUGCAUAUGUGUUUGUGCCUCUCUGGGUGUGUUUGCACAGAGCUCUGGCCAUUUCCUUGGGGGAGAGGGGGUGACUGGGAGCAGCUGGGCUGCUUUGGGGUCAAGGGGGCGGGGUGUGCUCUCUGUGGGUUGCCAGACCACAUCCUGUUGCUGAAGGCCAGGGGCCUCAGCUGCUCUGAGUACCCAGAGUGAGGGCAGGACCUGGAGCCAGCUGGGGUUGUGGAAUGGUCCUGAGGGAGACAAGGGAAUAUCCCAUGUGGUCAAGGCUAGGGCUGAGGCGGUUCUGGCUAUGGGAAGGGCAGGCCCAGCCUUGGAGAAGUGCCCUCCCCUUCCACACCCUAUUGUGGAAGCUUAAAGUGACUUAAAGUCACAGGGUCUGGAAAAGCCAUGUAGUUCAUCUCCACAUUCCCAGGUAGAACCAUUGUUAUUAAUAGUGAGAAUUUAUUGUGCUAAAGGAGGAAAUCAAAGCUUAAGGAUUUGCCUGAGAUCACACAGCUAAGUGUUGGUCCCUGGACUCCCGGGUCCACAGAAUUCCCCAAGGAAGGUCCUAAGGAGCCAAAUGUCCCCUCCUGCAUGCUCACACACACACACUUUACCCACAUUGAUCUAACCUUCCCUCUGGUUGCUUUUGCCUCUAUUGGAUAUUUGGAAUCAAAACACCCAAGUUGUAAGGUAAUUUAGAGAUCUUCUAGUCCGGUCCUCUUGUUUUAUAGGUGGAGAAAUUGAGGCUUUCAAGGUAAAGAGAAAUCACUGUGAUCCAAAUUCACACAAGAAUUCCAAACCAGGACCAAGUCAGAUUUGUCUUACCACACUCAUAAAUAGGGAACAUUGACGCGGUGCUCACUAUAUGCCAACCACUAAGUGUUUUAUGGUUGUUUUCUCAUUUGAUCCUCACACUAUCCCAUAGCAAGUAGGUGACAGCCACAUUUUACAGAUGAGGAGAAUGAGACAGGCUUAAGUAACUCACCCUAGUGUCUAGGGCUUCCUGGUUCCAGGUCCAUCCUAGAGGGCUUGGGGAAUGGAGAUUGCACUUUCUGUUCAUUUUCAAUGAUCCAGGUACCAUAACUGAGGUCUCCUGGGGAAGUCCCCAAGGUAGACAGCUAGCAUUGGCUAUGGCCAUAGACGGGGUCAUUGGUUUCCAAAUGACUAGCCACCUAAAAUGGGAGAAAUAGUGACUAUACCAGCCACCCAAGGACAUCUUUUUAGGAAGCUCGCUUGUCCAAAAAGAGGCCUUGAGGUCUUAACCCUAUCACUGUUGUGCUUAGCUCAGAGUAACCAGUUAAUAAAUGCUUACUGACUGACUACAGGCUCAGGUGUGUUUCAGACUAGUGUGGGUUAGGAAGUUCACGGCUUGUUUUUGUUUGUUUUUUGCUUAUGAACUAGAUUUUUAUUCAAGCUUUCUUCCUUGGACUUUUUGGUUUGGCUCAUUUCCAAUCCCAGCUCUGCCAUUGUGAUAUCACAAGCAAGCACUGUGCUUCAUGGGCCCCCUCUGUAAAAUGGGGGUGUUGGACUAAGUCCCGCUCAACCCUGAUGUUCUCUGAAGUAGUUCAAGUUAAUUCUCGAUUUGUGAGGUCUGUUCUCAGUCCUGGGAUCAAGGACUAACACAAUAGACUGUUAUUCUUAGCUCCAAGGCCCCAUUGUAUCAAAAGUUCAGAGGAGAGAAGGGGGUGUAUACAAGAGAUGUUUGCAAAGAUGAAAUCAAUAGACUGGAAACAGAUUGGCUAGGUGAACAGGUGAGAUAAUAAGGAGCCAAGGAUAACUGCUAAGUUGUGACAUUGGAGGACUGGGAGCACAGGAGUGUCCUCUACAGUGACAGAGACAUAAAGGUGAGGAUUUGGGUGAAAAUAUGAGUUCUAUUCUGGACAUGUUGAGUUUAAGAUGCCCAUGGCACAUCCAGUUUGAGAUGUUCAGUAGGCAAUGUGAGAUUGGAGGUUAGGAGAGGCCGGAUCUUAAUUAUUGGGUUUGAGAAUCAUCAGUCUAGAGAUGAUGAAGUAAUAUAAAAAGGAGGAAAGUGGGCCCAAUGUUAACAGUUAAAAUAAGGUAAACUGAGGCACAAAGUUCCAAGCAUGAUUAAUUUAUUAGUAAAAGACAUUUAUCAAUAAAUAGAAUUCCAAUUUGGGGGAGAAGAAACAGGAUCUUGGAGAUGAACAAGUUAUAAUAGAUUACAAGAUGGGGGUGGGGAACAACAUAAUUGGUGAAAGAGAUGAGGUGUGGGGGACAUAAUGAUUUAUUGGGAAUGAGGAGCUAAGCAAUAAUCCCCUCUUGUAACUGAGAAAUGUUCUUUGAGUCCACCUGCAAGGUCAGAGAUGGUGGACCACAUUUCUUUAGAUAGUAAACCAGACAUGCUUGAAGCAUGACUUGAUGUAAAAAUACUAGACUAGACCCCCUGGUGUCUACCGCAUCCCUCAAAGACAACAGAUUUUCUUGAGGCAAGAAUAGAACAGUGAUUAGCCAGAGAACUAGAUUUCUAAACUUAACUCGUUACCAGCCAACUAAAUUUCUAAACUAAGUUCAGAGACAAAACCAUGACUGGCAGUUAUAGAACAAAAUCAACUAGCCAUAAAUAGGUUCAAUAAGAAAUGAUAGAGAAUCAAUUUAAUCUCCCAAGACAGAAUCUUAGGGGACACGUACAUCCAGGUUGGGACCCCAAUAGAGACCCAGUAAAAGAGAUUGGGAAGGAGCAGUCAGGUAAGUAGGAAGGACAACCAGGAGAGAGUGAUGUCACAUAAACUCUAAAGAAAAGAUUGUCUUUCAUGAGCAAUGACAUGUCAGAACAUGGAGGACCAUGACAUCAGGGAGGUGAUGAUGUGACAUGCAAGUGAAUUGGAUUUAGGUGAGGGAGGGAUGUAUGAGGUCACCCACUUCACUUUCCCCUUUAGGGCCAUCUGGUCUCUUCUCCUGUGGGGUGGGUGCCUUUCUAUCCAGAUUUUCUGAUUUAAUAAUCAGCCUGGGCUCUUUCCCUGCACUUGUAUUUUUCCCAGGUCUUUCAUAUUUAACUAGCACCUUUUAGUCCCCAACUACCCUUUCUCUCUGCCCCAGAGACACUGCUAGUAACUUUGGCAACAGCAAGCUAGUAAAGAAGGACAAAGAAAGCCACACUGGGCACACGAACACACUCUAUGAAAUGCCAAACACAACAAGCCCCCUCAGCAGUGUUAUGUUUCUUUCCAAACACUCAAGAAUCAAGGAAUCUUUGUCCAGCUUUUUCAGUGAUCAGGGUUAAGAAAAACCACAUGGGAAAAUUUGCAAGAAGGGAUGAGUGAAAAAAAAAAUAGAACCUAAAGAAAGUUAUAUAUCAU